GAGCUUAAUUGGAACCAGAAUGACUGUGUAAAUAUUGUCUUUUAAUCUCGACCAGGUGGAAUUUAAUUACAGUUUGUCACAGAUUAUGUCACACUGUGGGAAGAAAGCGUGAAGAUGCCGUAUAAACUGUCAGAGUGGCGUGGACACUGUAGUCUGGGAUGGUCGGUCUACAGGCAUGGCUCGUCCUGGCCGUGGGACUCCUGGGGGUCCUCGGGGUCCUGGGGGACACCCGCGACAUCGCGGCAGACAGGGUGGAGGAACUACGGGAGUCGCCGCUACUAAGGCUGGUGCGACAGGCUCAGGAAGUGAAGCUGGAGCCGGUGAAGGGAGAGGACAGUGAACUCGUGCGUCACAAGAGACACAAGCACAGUAAAGGAGGCGGAGAGGAACACCACAGUCACCACCACAGCAGCCACGGCCACAAGGCGGACAAAGGCUACAAGACGAAACACCACUUUGACAAGGGUGACCACGGGAAACAUGGGAAAGACAAGCACUCUGGCUUCUACAGCGACCACGGCGGCCACAAGAAGAAAUACCACGACGAGGACGAGAAGUACGGCCACCACCACAAGGGGGAGAAGGGGCACAAGGCUGCCAAGUACGGGGAGAAGGGGGGACACAAGAAGGGGCACAAGACUAAAGGAUACCACAACAAGUUCCACAAGGACGAGUACCACAAGGAACACAAGUUUUACGACGACUACAAAAAAGGCGGGAAACACAGUAAACAUGGCGCGUUCCACGGACACCACGCCAAGAAGGAGGGAAAACACAAGAAAGGAGGGCACCACAAGAGUGCCUACCACGACGACCACCACGGGAAGAAGGGGCACCAUAAGAAGGGGCAUUACGACGACGAGCACAAGGGGCACAAGGGCAAGAAGGGGCACGAGGAGCACCACGCGCACAAAGAGGACUACGGGAAGAAAGGAGGUCACAAGAAGGGGAAGAAGUGGGGAUUCAAGAAGGGGCAUCAUUGA